GACUACUCAGGUUACUAUCCAGGUUCCCCCAUCAAAUCUGUGAAACGCCCCGGACACGAGCCAUCCCGUCUUCAGGCAGGAAUCACUUUGUGCUUCCUGAGUCGACUUUCCCGUCUUUUCGCACUACCUAAAUUUAAUAGGGAACCUCGAAAUAAAUUCAAACCUAACCAGAGUCGAUCACUUUCGGCAAUUUCACUUGCUUUCAUUAAUGGGAUAAGGAGCGUGAUACUAUCCCAGCAUCUUAUAUCUUAACUUAUCUUCCAUCAUAUCGAACUGGUUUCUAGUCGUAACUAAGAAUUUUUCACCCGAGAACGAAGGACGAACGCCGGUAUAAUCCACAAUGAAUCGCUUCAGAACUAAGAAGAAGGUCAAGGAUGACAUUUCGGCGCCCAGGCCUUCGCAGGAUUCUGAAUCGUCUAUGCCAUUCCGGCCGUUUAGAAAAGGGAAAAAGGCCCAAGAACCAGAGAAGGUCGAGAUCGAUAUUUCGGCCGCCCUACCAUCCAAUGAUGAAUUUCGUACGAGUUUGUUAAUGACCGGUCUCUCAGCCCGAUUCUCCAUGCUACGGGAGCAGGAUGAUCCAAACACCAAGAUCGGUAAGGCCAGCGAUGACAGCGUUCUUUUCCCUAAGCGGCAGUCUAGGUUGGAUUACGGUGGCUUUCGUGGUUUGGGGGAUAUCGCCGAGGUUGAAUCGAUAAGAGCAGCAGCUCCUUUCGCUAGGAAGGCCUCUUUUAAUUCAGAUGAUGCGGACUCGUUAAAGGCUAGCAGUGUCAUGGGACGUUCCAAACCGACUGAGGGUAACAACCUAUUUGGCGGGCGCCAGAAGAUCUACAAGAUUCCGGUUGGUACUAGUUCGUCGAAAAAUCUCGACGGCGGAAUGAGCGGGCGAGCCUUGUAUGAUGACGAUGUCGCCUUGUCUGCUUUUCAGCGUUGGAGGCAGGCAGAGAAGGAGCGUAAAUCCUCAGAGGAAGACAGGGACGAAGAUGAAGAGAGGAAUUCAAGUUAUGCAGAUGCGGAUGCCCUCCGCGCCGAUUCGCCAAUGCUCAGUAAUUACAACCAAAAAAGAGAAACAUCUUCGACAACAUCAUCCACCCCAUCAUUAGCUAGGAACUCGACCGCUGCAACAUCAAUAACCUCUUCUCAGCGGACUCCUUCUCUGAUGGACUGGCAACCAUCAACUAGCUCCACUACUGCUGUAGAAAGGAGCGUGACACGUGCCAGGAGACUAUACGAGUCUGGGCUAAACAAUGAUCUCCAUGAGCAGCAGUCUUCGGCCCUUUCCCGCAUCGACACUCUAACACGACAGCGUACUUUUGGUACUCUGACGCCUGAUCUGGCCCAGAAUUCGCCAUCGCCUACGGCAUUUGGAUAUGUCGAUCGGUUUAGCAGCGAGCGAAAGGUCCUGGCAAAGUCUAGCGCGCCGAACUUGCGAUCCAUGAGCCCUCCCGUCACCGCCUCUCCUACCGGUACUCCGGACCCCGGCGAUCGUGUGACUAGCGCGACCGAUAUGCGAUCAAAUUUUGGAGGGGCGCCGCCGCUGAGCCCCCCAAUGAGCGAGACGGAGGAAAAUUCGAUACUUCAGAUUCACCCUAAUGAUCUAGGGAAAGCUACUGCACUCGGAGUCUUCCAGAAGCCCCUACAACCAUAUGACGAGUCUAGAUAUGCUCAACGGCAAUUACAACGACAGCAAGGUCGGGAAACGCCCACGCAAAGAUCUCGGGAUGACUUGAACGUAUCUUCUGUAACUAAUAGAUCCAGUUCAUCAUCAUCUGGAACAAGAAGAGAAUUGGAGCCCAAGGUUUAUGUGGCGCCCACCGAAACCGGGUCUGCGUCGAUGGAGCCUGCAACGUCAUUCUUGGCCGAUCCUAAUGACUCGGAUUAUUCUCCUGCUGCGUCGCCUAAGUCAGGUGCAUCUCCUCACGUCUUGUUGAGACGUCCAUCGGACCGCCAACAUCCAGCUCUUCGUGACUCCACGAAGUUGACAGAAUCCGAGAAUCAACCUAUUCCCGGGGAGAAUUCGUCAAUGUCACCAAAUUCGAAAGGUAUCUCGCCUGCGGAUUCACCUACUCUGGGUCCGGCUCCUGGAGCUGGUCUAAGCGGCAUGGUACGGCAACACUUGCGAGGCGACAGUAAUGCUUCGUCAAUUUACGGCCUCGCUCCCGCUACGUCGGGUCUAGAAUCUCGUUUCCCCGCGGGCCCAGAAGAUGCGCAAUAUUUCCAAGGAUCAGGAGUAAAUACGAAUCCAUGGGAGCUGCCCGACGUGGUCCGGGAUUGGACAUUGGAUUUAGAUGUCAACGAGCCAAUGCUAGACGUUCAAUCUCGAUCGUCUAAUGUGCCUACCGCCGAAGAAUUUUUGGGCAAAAGUACCAAUGCAAUUACCGGUGACGACCGAGACGAAUUCGCCAGUCAGCUAGCAGAUGGAGCACGCCGAGUACGUGAACGAUUAACUACGUAUGUUGAAACCGACAGUCGUUCUUCCUCGCCUCGCCGGUCGGAGGAGCCGGUAGAUGUAAGGGAACAGGGAUCCAAUACACGGCAAAAGCAAAAUGGGCUAGGUCAUCUACAUUCAAAGAGCAGCCGGGGAUCGCUAGCUGACCGAAGCCGGGAGCCUUCUCAAUCCAAAGCUAUGAAAAUGCUUGGUUUCGGGGCUUCAAAUGGCUCUCAAACGGCAAGCUCGGCGCGGGAACAUGAUCCGGAGCAGCAAUCAACGGAGAGUGAUUCUCAUGCCGGACUUCGAGCAUUCAGGCAGGCGAAGCGUGAAUUACAAAAGAUGAAAGAAGCAGACAUGGAAGUUAGACAUCAAAUACAGUCUCAGGAUCUUGCUCUGGACACCGAUUCCGCACGAUCGACACCAAUUAGACAACUACCCUCCGGACAGCGAUCCCCCGAACGUGAACGGAGACCACCGCCUAUAUUUUAUCAGCAGCGGACAUUCAGCGAAGAGGGAAAGGAGGUACAGGCCCGAGCAUCCAGAGGACAGUUAAGGAAUGAUCGCGAUAGAAGUGGUUCGGACUCCAGCAACGACGGGCGGUCAAAUGUGCAGCCCACGCGGAAUCUUCAAAUUAGUUCCAGUGGAACCGCGGCACGGCCUCCAAUGCGCUCCCCAGGUCUCCCCGGUACGGACAUCAAAGGGUCACCAAUCAUGCCACCACAACCGUACCCAGGGUCCAAGAAAUCUAAUCCUGUAGCCGCUAGCAACCUCCGCGUACAGACAUCUCGCGGUUUCGAAUCGAGCCAGCCCUCGCCUAUCUCUCCCAUGCCAUCACCGUUCGGCCGUAAUCCGCCGACCUCGGGUACAGUCCCUUCGCCCCGCUCGGGAGCAUCCCCAAAUCGCGGCUACGAGAAUGCAAGUCCGACUACAAGUGAUGGUACAAGACGCAAAAUCAAGACUAAGGACAUUUCAGAUCCUACAUUCGUCAUGUCGACUUCCCAAGUCCCGACCGUAGCCCUGUCAGAAGCCCCACAAAAUAUAUCUCGCAGCAACAGUCGGACUGCGCCGCCUUUGCCCCCUAUUAACCCGAGACGAAGGCAAGAUUUCUCCAGCACUCGAGCUGUCUUUGACAACUUGAGCCGACGCAGCGGUAGUGGCAUGGAGGCAGAGGCUCUCGACCGCAAACGCCUCCGGCCGGUAGCAUCUGAUGCUUCAGGACUCCAAUCGAGAGCUCAUAACAACGCCCCCCCUAAUAACGCAGAUCUUCCUACAUCUAGGAGAGCCGUGACCGAUGGUGGCAAAAACCCUGGCAUGGGAUUGCCGGGUGGUAUGAUAUAGUUGGGAGCAACAUGCCGAAUCUUUUCUUUAACCUAGAACCUUGUUUAAUUCCAAAUCAAAACGGGCCGACCCUUGAGCAUUCACGAAAUGUAAUGAGAUAC